CUUGCUUUGACGAAGAAGUUGCGAAGGGGACAGGCAGCAGCAGUGAGUCGCCUCUCUUCCCUUGUCGACAUCUCGAUGGCUGACGACGGCCUCUCGGCGUCCGAACUUCGUCGCAGAUACGGUGCGCAGCGGCACUCACAGGGCAGGCGAUACGCACACGCACACGCCCGUGGAUGCAGGUCACUCUCUUGCAUGCUGAUCUCCCUUCUGUGCUGUGCUUGUGUGUUGCCUGUUUAUUGUCAGGUCCCGGCGGUUCGGCGCCGGACAGCGAGUUGAGUGCGGCGCAGCUGCGUGCCAGGCACAACGUGCAGAAUCGUGAGUUCCGUGCUGACGAUGGCGGCGGGGUGCUCAUGUACGUGGUGGCCGGCAUCGCACUCAUAGUCUUCCUCGCUAUCAUGUACGUCCUCAUGGCCAAGCAGGGAGCUGAAUAGUGGGGCCUCCUCAUGACAUGCAUGAACCACACACAACUUGGGGAAGGGAGGGACAGGACAGAGCAGAUAGCGGCGGGCGGGGCGGGCCGGUGCAUUAGCG